UGAGCUCAAUCAUAUUUUUUUUUGGGUAAAACCAAGAUCGUUUUCAUUCACAGGUUCAUAACAUGGCGCUCCGUCACUAUGACAGUCAAACACAAACAAAAUUAAAGAAAAUCAAAAUAACAAAGUAUUUUAUCAGUAAAAAGAAUAUUAUUAUCGUUGAUCAAAAAGUGUUUAUUAAAAUUAAUUUAUAAAAAGUUUUUUUUUUUUGCAAAAUAAAAAAGAAAAAAAUAGCACGAUGAAUUUUCAUUUAACCACAAUUGUUUUUCUUGUGUUCGAUCAAAUUAAUAAAAUUCUAACUCAAGGAGUGCCGAUAAGUCCGUGUCCAAAAAUGUUUCAAUAUCGAUUUGAUGGUGCAGAAUGGUUUGGAAUAAUGUCGCUUCAAAAUCCUGAUAUAGGACAAGUGUUGAACAUUAAAGUGACAUUAUCCAUGCGUGGGAAACCGACUACGAAUUAUCUAGGAGAGAUAGAACUUCUAACCAGAGGCCAAUUUCAAGUGGAUACUCCGGUGCUAUAUAAAAUUAAAUUUCCUAAGAAUCCUUAUCCUCCGAAAUUGAUUCAGAUUGCAGCAAAUAAUCAAAUUGUUUGUGUGGGAGCAGCAGAUCUUAGUAUAUUUGUAACACAAAUUCAAUUGGAACACACAAGAAAAUUCACCUUUAUACCAUCUAAUGAGGAAUUUAUACCCCCGUCUGCACUGCAUCCACCACAACUGUCACCACAACCAUCAUCUACUUCAACCCAGUCAUUACCGUCAAAAAUGUCCGGACCAGGAGCAGCUCCAAGUCCAUUCCUCGAAACUUUCGAUACCAAGUUUCUGCCAUUUGCAGCAAAUGAAAAACAUCUCAUGAAACAGACGAGGAAUAUUUGUGGCCGCACGGGAGAGAAUCGACCUCGUUUGUCCAUUGGUGGGAUUGAGAUUCAGACAUCCGGCGAGGAGGAUUUUAACGAUGAGGAAACUCUACCAGCAGCAGCUUCAUCAUCACUCAUGAUAACACGAGGAGCCUGGCCAUGGCUGGCAGCCAUAUAUGUCAACAAUUUGACAUCACUGGCGUACCAAUGCGGUGGAACUCUGAUAUCCUCGCGGAUAGUAAUAAGCUCGGCACAUUGUUUUCACACAAACAAGCGGAAGUAUAGUCCGAAUGAGGUGUUGGUUUUUCUGGGACGACAUAAUUUGAAAAACUGGAGCGAAGAGGGAUCAUUGGCAGCAUCUUGUGAUGACAUAUUUAUCCAUCCAGACUACGAUAGUCAGCUUAAGUCGUAUGACGCAGAUAUUGCUGUGGUUGUUCUUAAGAGUGAAGUUAGAUACAAUGCUUUCAUCCGACCAGCUUGCAUGUGGUCGAGUUCAACAGAUUCACAAUAUAUCGAGGGAGAACGUGGGAUUGUCGUUGGAUGGGGUGCUGCUGCCACAUCAGCAUCAUCAUCUGGCGGGGGUGCACACUCUAGAAACUUAACAUCACUUACAGCCACCCCUCGAGUGAUUGCCGCACCGAUUGUCUCCAAUGAAGUGUGCUUCAAGUCAAAUGAUAAAUUUCGCAGUCUCUCAUCCAAUCGAACAUUCUGUGCGGGUUCACGAAAUAGCAACAGCAGUCCAUGCCGUGGUGACUCCGGUGCGGGGUUGAUGAUUUUCAAGAAUAAUCGUUGGAUGCUUCGGGGGACGGUGUCAGCGUCCUUGCCAUCAGGGUCUUAUGACAAUGAAUCGUCGUGUAAUACAAAUGAAUAUGUUAUUUACACGGAUGUGGCAAAGUUUCUCGAUUGGAUUUUUGCUUUUAUAAUCUAGAAAAAAGUUUAAAUUAGCAUCUGAUUAAAUUUUAUUUUUUUAUUUUUUGUUUGAAGGCGAAGCACUUUUGAAGUUAAAAAAAAACUUAUCGUUUAACUUGAGAAACUAUUAUAAGUAUUUUGUUUUUGUAUUUUUUUAUUAUAAUUUUCAAUAAAGCAACAGAAU